UUAGCUAGUGUUGCUUAUCAAAUAAAUGCAUUGGCCAACAAUGUAUUGCAGUUGCUGGAUAUCCAAGCCUCUCAGCUUCGGAGAAUGGAGUCUUCUAUCAAUCAUAUCUCACAGACUGUGGAUAUUCAUAAAGAGAAAGUGGCUCGAAGAGAGAUUGGCAUUUUGACAACAAAUAAGAACACAUCAAGAACCCAUAAAAUAAUAGCACCUGCCAAUAUGGAGCGUCCUGUACGAUAUAUUCGGAAACCUAUUGACUACACAGUUCUGGAUGAUGUGGGUCAUGGUGUCAAGCAUGGAAAUAAUCAGCCUGCAAGAACUGGCACACUGUCGAGAACAAAUCCUCCUACUCAGAAACCACCAAGUCCUCCCAUGUCAGGCCGGGGAACGUUGGGACGGAAUACACCUUAUAAAACCCUGGAACCUGUUAAACCUCCAACAGUUCCUAAUGACUACAUGACUAGUCCUGCAAGGCUUGGAAGUCAGCAUAGUCCAGGAAGGACGGCUUCUUUAAAUCAGAGACCAAGGACGCACAGUGGAAGUAGUGGUGGAAGUGGGAGCCGAGAAAACAGUGGAAGCAGUAGUAUUGGCAUUCCCAUUGCUGUGCCUACACCGUCACCACCCACUGUCGGACCAGAAAACAUUUCUGUCCCUCCUCCUUCUGGAGCUCCACCAGCACCACCUCUGCCACCACUUCUCCCAGUGAGCACUGUGAUAGCCCCGGGCUCAGCUCCUGGUUCCCAGUAUGGCACAAUGACCAGGCAGAUUUCUCGACACAACUCUACCACUUCUUCGACAUCUUCUGGUGGAUAUAGACGAACUCCCUCUGUGACUGCUCAAUUUUCUGCUCAGCCUCAUGUUAAUGGAGGUCCACUUUAUUCUCAAAAUUCAAUUUCUAUUGCUCCACCCCCUCCCCCUAUGCCUCAAUUGACUCCACAGAUACCUCUCACAGGCUUCGUGGCCAGGGUGCAGGAAAACAUUGCUGAUAGCCCAACUCCUCCACCGCCACCUCCACCAGAUGACAUUCCCAUGUUUGAUGAUUCUCCACCACCACCACCACCUCCUCCAGUGGACUAUGAAGAUGAGGAAGCUGCAGUAGUUCAGUAUAAUGACCCAUAUGCUGAUGGAGAUCCUGCAUGGGCCCCCAAGAACUAUAUUGAGAAAGUUGUUGCAAUAUAUGAUUACACAAAAGACAAGGAUGAUGAGCUGUCAUUUAUGGAGGGUGCAAUCAUUUAUGUUAUAAAGAAGAAUGAUGAUGGCUGGUAUGAAGGAGUCUGCAAUCGAGUGACUGGUCUCUUCCCUGGGAACUAUGUUGAAUCAAUCAUGCACUAUACUGAUUAAUUCUCUUUGCUUUUAAAGUAGGUUCUUAUUACUCAGUCAUACUGUGGGACUAUAUGGUUAACAGAAUUGUCUUAAUGUUUUAAAAUGUGCCCAUAUUUUCAGGAUAUGCUAUUUUAUUGGUAUAUUUGAAUGUGUACCUGUAAGCAUAAAUCUUUGAGGCAGUUUGUUUAUUGCUAAAUAGCAAUUUAUACAAAACCUGUCUGUAACUGAUUAUGCUUAUAUAGUUAUUUACACAUUGAUAACUAUGACCAGCCUAAAUAUUCUGGGGAUAUGGGGUAUAAUAUUUAACAAUCAUGAUUCAUAUUGUACCAUUACAUGUUCCAAUGCAGCAUGGUUACUAAUGCUAUGUGAGACUAAUACUAAAAUCAGAAAAACUUAAAUGCUGGUGCUGGUCAUACCUUUUGUUUAGAUUCUCUUUUUAAAAUACUGUUUGCUUAAAGCAUGCGUAAAAAUUUAUGUAUUGAAAUAUACUAAAAAUUCCAAGAUGCUUCAAUUUGUGUAAUGCCUCAAGUACUCAUACUUACAUGAGCCUCUGAGGUCUCUGUGGGAAACAGAACAAGUAUCUGCCAUGUUGUAAUUUGUAUCUUAAUUUUUUUAAUGAGUGAAACUUGAAUUCUAAAUUUUUUCCAUUUAUAAAUACGUAAGUGAACCAAAGGUUUUUGUCUUCCCUUACUGGUUUGCUUUAAAACACAUGCACGCACACGCGCGCACAAACACACACACACAAAAUCCUUGAUGUAUUGAAGAAUUAUAGUUCUAUUUUCUCAAUGUGAUAACAUGGAAAAGAAAUUUUAGCCUUAUCUUAAUCUGUCUCAACACUGGGACAGAUUUUUGCAGAUUUAAAAUCUGAUUUACAAGUCAAUCUACUGAAUUUCUUUUUAAAAAGUAAUUUUUGAAGCUAAGAAAAUGUGCCAGAGUGCGCACAUCACCCUAUAGGUAAAGUCCUAAGGAUUGCCAUGUCAGUCCUUCAGUUUUACAGUGGACUAUCAUACACUGGUUCAAUGAAAGAAAAUGAUCUUUUACAUAUUAUAAAAGUGGGAUGCAAUUUGUGAAUAGGCACUAUGUAACCCAUUGGCACUAGCAACAAUAAGAUUUUGAAUAAAAUAAUUGGGAAAGAUAGAUGUUAAUCAGUGAACAGAGAUAUAAUUAACCAACAGAUUUGUAUUAUCUUUUGACAUAACUGAAAUGCAACACAUGCACUUUGUGUGUCUCCUCUUAAUUUAAGGGAGGAUUAGAGGGAUGUUUUCUCUUCUGUGUAUAAUUCUAUAUUGCUUAGGAUAUUAAAAUAGAGCACUCAAAUGUGGGUUUCUGUGUAUUGAGGAUUCAUUUGGAUUUCAAGUUACAGUUAUGUACUGAUAUUACAGACUUAUGACAGCAUAGCGAAUGGCGAGACUAGUGCAAAACAUUUAUCUCUGAAAAUUAAAGACCAUUAUUGCUACCAAAUCAAUGUGACUUUCAUAUGAAUUUUUCCUUUGUUAAUUUUAAAGUAUCAUAGUGAUCAGCUAGCUACCUUUUACUUUCCUUUUUUCAAGUGGAAUGUUCUUUUAAUUUGUAUAUAACCUGUUGUCUAAAUCUUAUGUACAGAUUUUUAUAAUAAACCAUUCUCCUAUAUGAAAUUUUGGAUACUGUUAAAAUAUAACUAAUGAGGACUUA